CCCUGGGCUCAGUUGGGAUUUCCAGUCAUUAGCCCCGGCCACAGCUUCAUGUCAUGGAGAUUUAUGUGUCCCUUUCGCUGGAGCUUGGGAACCUGACCUGCCCCAGGAACUUUAUGAAGUCUGGCUUCACCGGCUCUUAGGACACCGGAGCAGAAGAACUUGGAAAGAGAAUUAAAAAAAAAAAUCAUCAUGAUCCUUGAGUGUUUCUGAGAUGAACUCCUUCUAACACAACUGGCAACUCUGUCUCAGAGAUGGAGGACAGACAGACUCCUCGCCCUUCAGAGGAGGUAUUUACCCCGCAGGAGAGAGAACGGGAGUGAUCCGAGCCUUUGCGCUGGUUCCCCCCGGGUUUUCUCAGAGUUCCUGGGUGGGGGGAAUUCAGGUUGUGCAUGAGCUCUGGACCCAGAUCUGCUGCAGCUCCAGACUCCGCUUCUAGACCCUCACUUCUCUGCUUUCAAAAGCAUCUGUGAAACCAGGCCCCAUUCCUUUCUCUGUAGUCACUAGAUUCCUUUUUUGGGGUUGGCAGUGGUGCCGUAGCCCCAGGACCUGUGAGGGCAUGUGAGUGGCGGUGGGGCUGAGAUUUGCCCUGGGGGGUUCUGAGUGUGCCAGCACAGGGUGUUCUGCUGGUCUCCCUCCCCUCCCUUCCCAGUUCCUCCGCCCGCUCGCUCCCACAGACUCUGGGAACCCUGAGGUGGAAGAGAGCUCUUACCCAGGGGAAGAGGAGCCAUCAGGUCGCCCCAGCUGCCUACACUUUGUUCUCAGCUUCCCUUCCUCAUCCCUCCAGCCACUCCCAGGCUCUGAAGCACCAGCCCGAUCUGAAACACCCCUCCCACUUUGAAGGAGGCUGGGCUGGCCAGGGGGUUAUUUUGGGAGCAGCUUCUGAGAUCCAAUGGCCUUGUUAGGGCAACACUGACCUUUCUGUCCGGGAGGAGGGCAGGAUUGGACAGGGGCGGGGCAGCCUCGAGGAGAUCGACAGCCCCGCACACCCCACACCCACGGGUGGAGGAGAAGGGGCCGGCGGGCUGCAGGAAUUCAGCCUGGGGGCUGGGACGGUCACCAAGGGGAAUUUCCCUCUUUGAGACGGACUGGGGACCCCGCCACCCCACCCUUUCGCUGUGCUUCUUAAAGGGAUCACAGCGUUUUUCCUUUGACUCUAUGGAAGCCAGACUCGGGAUGCUCUGUGGAGGCUUUGAAUCUCUCCUUCCUGCUUCCUUCCCAACUGGCAGCCUUCCUCUGGCUGACUGAGAGGGGCCUCCCAGGCAUGGCACUGACCAGCCCACCCAGUGCUGACUUGGCUCCUGGGCUCACUCAGCCUCUGGUGGCAUCUUGCUUUCCCCCUGCUGGGGUGCGGCGGUGGUGAGUGGGGGGCCCGGCCCUGAGCAAGCUGGGAGCGUGCCGCUGGCACCCCCAUCGCCCUCGACCCCCAAGCUGGAGGACAGUCAGGUUGUCGGGGGCUAUGAUGAGAUGAGUGGGGGCCGCUUUGACUUUGACGAUGGGGGGGCGUACUGUGGAGGCUGGGAGAAUGGAAAGGCCCAUGGGCACGGGCUGUGCACAGGCCCCAAGGGCCAGGGCGAGUACUCGGGCUCCUGGAACUUUGGCUUUGAAGUGGCGGGCGUCUACACCUGGCCCAGCGGCAACACCUUCGAGGGAUACUGGAGCCAGGGCAAACGGCAUGGGCUGGGCAUAGAGACCAAGGGACGCUGGCUCUACAAGGGCGAGUGGACACACGGCUUCAAGGGACGCUAUGGAACCCGGCAGAGCAGCAGCAGCGGAGCCAAGUACGAGGGCACUUGGAACAACGGCCUGCAGGACGGCUACGGCACUGAGACCUAUGCAGACGGAGCUCUUCAAAGCAAGGAAGAUGGAAGAACAAUCAAGGCAGGAGAUCUGUUCUUUAGUCCCAGCUGAGCCUGGCUGGUGGUCUUGGAAAAGCCCCUCUACUUCCCUGUGCCCUAGCUUCAUCCUCUGUAUAAUGAGAGGCUGAACUACACUUACUUCUAAGGGUAAGUGGAUUUUCUU